UUAAAUCUUUUCAUAUUGUCUUUCUCCUUUUGUGAACUAUAUACACACUUGUUAAUAUUUCUUCAAUUGUUAGAACUUUUUAUAUAUUAAUUCCAUUCGAAUACAUGUUAGUAUUUCCCUAUUUUUCUUGUUUAUUUUCUACUUCCAGAAACUAAGUAAAUUGCAUGUAGAUAGCUACAUUUAUUCACCUUUUAAGAUUAAUUUAUCAGCUUCUAUAGUUAGAAAGCUUUUCUCCAUUCUAAGGUUGGCUAUUCAUCUGCCUAUUCUUUUAUAUGUACCUGCAUACAUUUAACAUUUCUCACUCGAAUUCAAUUGUAAUUGAUUUCACUUCAUUAUUAUUAUUGUUUGGCUUUGCCCUCUGCAUACAGAAGUUCUCACGCCAGGGCAGGGACACCGGAUCCUUAACCCACCAGGGAACUCCAGUUGUAAUUAUUCUUAUGCAUAUUUUGAUAGGGACUCUAACCCAAUCACUGUGUCCCAGCACCAUCUGAAAGCAGCCAUGCCUUUCUUUAUCAAAUGCACGGGAAUCGUGAGCACCCCUCCAGGAAAUGCCUGGUUACUGCGCAGAACCGCGGCGAGGGGGUCACCGGAACAACAAUUUGAAAACGUCAGUAACUGAGGUCUUCACUGCGUCCUGUGAGGCUCCUCCUGUCAGCUGGUGUGUGCACCCCAGGAAAGCAGUUCAGCCUCUGUGGCUUCUGUUUCCUCUUGGACCCCGCAGAAGUCUGCAUCGGGUUGCUUACACAAGGUCAACCAGAAUUAACAUGUCUGGGACUGAAGAAACAGUUCUUGGAGGCCGCGACAGGCAUCCUACUGGUGGCAACUCUGUAUUAUGCUUUGGUCAGUACCAGUACACAGCAGAAGAGUACCAGGCCAUCCAGAAUGCUCUGAGGCAGAGGCUGGGCCCAGAAUAUAUAAGUAGCCGCAUGGCUGGAGGAGGCCAGAAGGUGUGUUACAUUGAGGGUCACAGGGUAAUUAAUCUGGCCAAUGAGAUGUUUGGCUACAAUGGCUGGGCCCACUCUAUCACACAGCAGAAUGUGGAUUUUGUUGACCUUAACAAUGGCAAGUUCUACGUGGGAGUCUGUGCAUUUGUGAGAGUCCAGUUGAAGGAUGGCUCGUAUCACGAAGACGUGGGUUAUGGUGUUAGCGAGGGCCUCAAGUCAAAAGCCUUGUCUCUGGAAAAGGCGAGGAAGGAGGCAGUGACAGACGGGUUGAAGCGUGCACUGAGAAGUUUUGGGAAUGCACUUGGAAAUUGUAUUCUGGACAAAGACUAUCUGAGGUCCCUUAACAAGCUUCCACGCCAGCUGCCUCUUGAAGUAGAUUUAACGAAAGCAAAGAGACAAGAUUUUGAACCAUCUGUGGAACAAGCCAGAUAUAGCAGCUGCCGACAGAAUACAGCUCUGGUGCCCCCCAAGCCACAGGAGGUGACCUCCCCUUGCAGACCCAGCUACUCCAAUGGCCCCCAUGUUGUGACACAGGGGGAUAAGGACAGCAGCUCCCGAAGCCUGGCCUCCUGCACUAUGGAUAGUGAUGCCACAUACCUGCGGAAGCUCCGGCAGAAACAGCUGCAGCAGCAGUUCCGGGAGAAAAUGGAGAGGCAGCAGCAGGGUCCCCCCUCUACUCUACCCACUGAAAAGAAGGAUCAAGGACCACUGGCGAAGCACAGCACUCCCGGAAUUGCUGUUUCAGAGCCACUCACUAAGACAGCCGUCCUUGCAGACAGUCUUGAAAUGUGGGACAUGGUUCUUGAUGUAGCAGACAGUGUGGUCCAGCCCUUGGCUAAACCAGAACCACUGCAGACCCCUGCCACCUCAGUCCCGAAGAACCAGAUGGAGACUCAGAACAGGACCCACCAGAAUCCACAAGCAAAACCUGAACCCUGGCACUUCCAGACUCACCAUCUUAACCAGCACAUAGCAGGAGACUGUGAUUCCUCUAGGAAGAACCAGGACAUGAAGAAAAGGAAAUUAGAUCCAUCUUAACCGAGGCAGGUGACCUCACUGGACUCUGUCACAAAGGGACUUUCAGAAAUUAUGCUUUGAUCAUGAAAUGAUUUAUCAUUUGUACAUAAGUCAAAUCAGAGCUAAUGAAAUCAUGAAUGUGCUUUACCUCCAGGGAUUUACCUUGCUUCUUCCAGAACUUUACCAGAUUUGACUGUUGGAAGCUGCUACAGAUAAAGCUGGGCAACUGGAAAACAGGCAGUUAAAGAGAGCUUGUCACACAGUCCAGGUUGGGAAGCUCUGCGGAGAUUAAACACUCAAGGUUCUUCACUGUUUAUUCCUAAGCUAUUACAUUUAAAAAAAAAAAAAAGACAUUCUAGGCGUCACCAGUGGCUACCUUCCUUUAAACAAUGUAAGCCUUAUUCCCAAGCACCAAACUUGACAGGGGCCCAUAGUGCAUUUACUGUGAGUGACCUCUGACCUUUCACUGCAGGGCUCCACAAGUGAGGCUAGUCUUCCCAUAUGAGUCUUUUUUUUUUUUUUUGGUUUUUUGCCAUUUCUUGGGCCACUCCCGCAGCAUAUGGAGGUUCCCAGGCUAGGGGUGUAAUCCGAGCUGUAGCUGCCAGCCUACGUCAGAGCCACAGCAAUGUGGGAUCCGAGCUGCGUCUGCCACCUAACGCCAUAGCUCAUGGCAACGCUGGAUCCUUAACCCACUAAGCAAGGGCAGGGACCGAACCCGCAACCUCAUGGUUCCCUAGUCGGAUUCGUUAACCACUGCGCCACAACAGGAACUCCCGAGUCUUAUUAUUAUAGGUUCAUGAUGUCACUAUCUGCAUUUUUUCCUGAUCAAGGAAACAAUAAGACCAGAGAAAAGGCAUUUUAAGAAAGCAAAAUAAAUCCUACUUUGUAAUAAAAUGGCACGCAUCUAUUUUUAUUGUGCUUUACAGAUUUUACACACACACACACACACACACACACACCCACCCCCAGUUGAAGGUUUUUGGCAACCCAGUGUCAGGUAUUUUUCCGACGAUGUUUUUUUUUAUUUUUAAUUUUUGUACCCAGUUUAUUUCAUUUCAGUACUGAAUUGCUUCAAAGAGGAUAAGACUUUUUUUUGGGGGGGGAUGUGUUUUCAUUUAUUGAGGUUUUAAUUCCAGCAGUGUUUUAAAGUAUAUAUUUUAGGGAGUUUCCUGGUGGCACAGAAGAUUAAGGAUCCAGCAUUGUGAUUGCUGUGGCUUGGGUCACUGCUGUAGUGUGGGUUGGAUCCCUGGUCCGGGAACUUCUGCGUGCUGCGGGUGUGGCUGGCCAAAAAGGGGAAAAAAAGUAUAUAUUGUUUUAGAUAUGAUGCUAUUUACUACACACUUGACUGACUGUAGUAUAAACAUAGCUUUUAUGUGCACUGAGAAAAACCCAAAAAUCUGUGUGACAUAAGUAGCUAUUUAUAUCCACCUAUUUCAGAUGUAAGAUAUAACCCAAUUUAUAAUAAAUUUAAAAAAAAUUUUUGGCCAUGUCCACAGUAUGUGGAGACUUCUGGGCCAGGGAAGGAACCUGUGCCACAGCAGCAACAAUGCUAGAUUCUUAACCUGUUGCACCAUAAGAGAACUCUCUUUUUGUGUUUAGAUGUUUCAUAAUUCUUUCCUCCAGAUAAUGAGUGUGCAUUUUGGGCAGGACCAUGAACCUGAUCUUCAAGUGGUGGCUUUUAUUAUUUGAUGGCACACAGGCCCAUUUGUGGGAAGCCAUGAGCCUGAAGCACUGAAGGCAGUGAGCCAUCGCUGUCCCUUUGGAAGAUGAAGAGGUGGUGGCUUUCCCUGACUUCCUUUUACCUCACCUGCCUCUGCACAGCUUUGGUCAUUUAUUUUUGAUUUUGAUAUCCUUACCAUUGUCUUCAGAAAAAAAUAUCUUCCUUGUCUGCAGUAUCUUGCUUCAGGUCAGAGCUGCUGCUUAAAUCCAGUUAUAAACUGUACACAAGUCAAAUCAGAGCUAAUGAAAUCAUGAAAAAGGCAUUUGCUGAAAAUGAAACCCCAUAGCUCAACAAAAGCAAGUAUGGUUUAUUUGAAUGGCUUCGUUAAGUCCAUCUACAAAGGCAACAAAAGGGAGCAAGAAGUGCGACCCUGGGGUUGGUGCCGAACGCAUGAGUGAUGGCUGCCGAGAAUCCCCAAGGUUUGAAUUCAGUUUAUUUUUUUUUAAACAGUGUACAUUGUUAAAUAAUGUAAGGAAAACAUUUAUAAUUCAGAAAGACUUUUUAAUGUGAAAAAAGAUACUCAGUGUACUAUUAACACAAAAAUAAUUUAAACAGUUCAGUAGCACUAGUUCAUUCCUCUAGGCUUCAGUUAUUUCAUCCACAGGAGGGGAAAAAAAAAAAUCAACAGUAAAUAAAACCAGUUCUCACUUUCCAUGUGUGAGUGAAGAGAUCUCAGAAUGAUUAAACCAAAGUAACAAAACAUCCUGUGCUGCAUUUGGCUCCCUUGUUCCUCCGGUACAAAGUACUGUCCCCUUUGUCUCAGGUGUCAAGUCUCCCACUUCCCUGGCACUUCUGUCCUUACUCUUACCAUCUCCCCGAAGAUUAUAAACAGAGAAAAAGUAAACGGUUUCAAAGCAAAGCUUGGGAUGCCUGCCCUUUUCACUUCUACUUUCCUAAAACCUUCAGCUUUCAUUUGCAUCUUUGGGGACUCAGCUUUAAAGAAAACGGCCAAUGAAGGACAGGACAGCCAACCAGGCUCUUCCUAUCAUGGUGAUUCCUGGGAUGUGCCACUGAGGUGGGUAAGAGGUUGGAGAUAGUCAGUUUCCCAGCUCAACAAUCAAGAGAAGCAGCACCCAAAAAAUUCAGAGUCCUAGCUUCCUUCCUCAUCUUCUGAGAGAACAGAGAUCUCAAACAUAGCCAAUUAGGAGAGUAUUUCCUGAAAGCUCUGAAAAUGAUACAACUGCCCAUACAACCAGGCAGAGCACUACAUAAUACUGGUUGGUUGCAGUUACUACUUACCGGGAAUAUUUGUUUAUAUAAAAAUGUGAGAAUAUCUGCUGCAACUCUAGAAAUAAAUGUGGCACAAGAGAUUAUGAUCCUGCAACCUUGUGGACAUUAUAUAAGAAGUGGGUAGGAUUAAGCAUUCUUUCCUACAAUAUGCAAUUCAGAGGCAGGUCCACUUUCCACAAACUAUAGUACCCCAAGCUGAGAAAUGCAUGGUACAUUUUCAACAAGAGGAAAGCAAUCCAAGCCAUUUUUUAAGAGCAACUUUCUCUAUCUGUGACAUUUCACUAUCGUACUUCCCAACUUAAAAACUAGUCCCCACCCCCUUGCUUGUAUAUUCAGCCAUUUUCUUCUAGGUCUCAUCUGUUUAAGCCCAGCUCAAAUAAGUAAGGCUAUGGCGUCCACUGGCCAAGCAUCAUACGACUUCAAAACAAGUUUGUUCUCUUCUCCAGUCAUUCUUUUCUUUCAUCACUUAUCACACACCACCCUCCAUCUUUUAAAUUGCCCAAUAUUGUUACAACACCCCUCCUCACUUGUCCUGAAACAGUUUUCUGCUUUUAACCACUGAUGUCAACUUAACUUCUCAUCCUGCUCAUCGUACACCUGCUCUAGACAAAAUUGUUGAAUGACUUGGAAAAAAAAAAAUACUCUUUUCAAUUUCCUUACGGCAUAAUCCACUGCUGGAGCCACAUGGACCUGAGGUUUCCUUCCAUGUGUCCUUUGCUGACUGGGGUCUGAUGAGAAGUUGAUG